UCCUGAGAGGCCGCUCCCAGACGCAGCGGGGCUCCUCAGGGCUCGCUUCAGCACUUCUCCAGGACUCUCCGGGAUUCUCCAGGACUCCUCCAGGACUCUCCAGGACUCCUCCGGGACUCUCCAGGACGGGCAGCAUGGCCGGCAUCGCGUCCACGCUGCAGCAUAACCGGGAGAAGAGCCAGGGCAUCGGAACCAACAGCCACGCCGUCAAGUACCUGAACCAGGACUUCGAGAGUCUGCGGCGGCAGUGCCUGGAGAGCGGCUAUCUCUUCCAGGAUGAAACUUUCCCGGCCUCCGUCACCUCUCUGGGCUUCAACGAGCUGGGCCCGGGCUCCUUCAAGACCCGGGGGGUGUCCUGGAUGCGGCCCACGGAGAUAACUUCGUGUCCCGAAUUCAUCGUGUCCGAGGCCACGAGGACGGACAUCUGCCAGGGCGCUCUGGGUGACUGCUGGCUCCUGGCUGCGAUCGCCUCCCUGACCCUGAACAAGGAGGUCCUGGCUCGAGUCGUCCCUCAUGGACAGAGCUUCACAGACGGAUAUGCUGGCAUCUUCCACUUUCAGUUCUGGCAGUUCGGUGAGUGGGUGGACGUGGUGAUUGACGACCGGCUGCCGGUCAAAGAUGGAGAUCUGAUGUUUGUCCACUCGGCCGAGGGGAGGGAGUUCUGGAGCGCCCUGCUGGAGAAGGCGUACGCCAAAGUGAACGGGUGUUAUGAGGCUCUCUCCGGAGGAUCGACCACGGAGGGCUUUGAGGAUUUCACCGGCGGCAUCGCUGAGGUCCACGAGCUGAGGAAGGAGAACCCUCGUGUGCUGUUCCACAUCAUCCAGAAAGCUCUCAACAGAGGGUCCCUGUUGGGCUGCUCCAUCGAUAUCACCAGCUCAUCCGACUCAGAGGCGGUCACUUAUGAGAAGCUGGUGAAGGGCCACGCCUACUCACUGACAGGUGCAACUGCGGUGGAGUACCAAGGGGAAUUGGAGGAACUGAUCCGGAUGAGGAACCCGUGGGGUCAGGUGGAGUGGACCGGAGCCUGGAGCGACAAUUCGGCGCAGUGGCGUUACAUCAGCGAUGAAGACCGAGAGCGUCUGAGCCAUCGCUCUGAGGACGGAGAGUUCUGGAUGUCCUUCUCAGACUUCUGCCGUCAUUACUCUCGGGUGGAGAUCUGCAACCUCACUCCUGACGCCCUGACGGACGACAGCAUCUCCAAGUGGGCUCUGUCCAAGUACGAGGGCAGCUGGAGGAGAGGGUCCACGGCCGGAGGCUGCAGGAACUACCCCAACUCCUUCUGGACCAACCCUCAGUUUGUGAUCCGCCUGGACGAGGAGGACGACGACCCCGAUGACGGAGAGGCCGGCUGCAGCCUGGUGAUCGGAGUGAUUCAGAAGAACCGGCGCCGCAUGAGGAAGAUGGGCGAGGAUGUGCACACCAUCGGCUUUGCAGUCUAUGAGGUUCCUGAUCAGUUUUCUGGUCAAAGGAACAUCCAUCUGAACAGGAACUUCUUCCUGCGGAACUCCUCGGCUGCUCGCUCCGAGACCUUCAUCAACCUGCGGGAGGUGUGCACCCGCCUGUCUCUGCCGCCCGGAGAGUACGUGCUGGUCCCAUCGACCUUUGAACCCAACAAGAACGGAGACUUCUGCGUGCGCAUUUUCACCGAGAAACAGGCGGACUUCCAAGAGCUGGACGACCCCAUUGAGAGCAACGUAGAGAAGAUCGACUUCGAUGAGGACGACAUUGACGACCGCUUCAGGGGUCUGUUUGGACAGCUGGCCGGAGGGGACGCCGAGAUCAGCGCCUUCGAGCUGCAGAGGAUCCUCAACAGGGUGGUCACCAAACGGUCUGACGUGAAGACGAGUGGCUUCAGCCUCACGACAUGUCGUAACAUGGUCAACAUGCUGGAUAAAGACGGCAGCGGGAAACUCGGCCUGGUGGAGUUUAAAAUUCUGUGGACCAAAAUCGACAAUUACCUGAAAGUGUACCGGGAGCACGACGUGGAUAACUCCGGGACGAUGAGCUCCACAGAGAUGCGUGUGGCUGUGGAGGAAACAGGCUUCCGUCUGAACAACCCUCUGCAUCAGAUCUUGGUGGCUCGGUACAGCGAGCUAGACCUCACCAUCGACUUCGAUAACUUUGUGGGCUGCAUGGUUCGCCUGGAGAACAUGUUUGACACGUUUCAGUCGAUGGACGAAAGUGGAUCGGGAACCAUCCGGCUGAACUUCUCGCAGUGGCUCGAACUGUCUCUGCUGUGAGGACGGCGGAGCAGCCUGACCCCGGCCCGGACCUGCAGAGCCACCUGUGUGCCCUCCUGCUCUCUGAUUGGUCAGAUGGUGUGUGACUAUAUACUCAUAAUAAAGUGGUGACUGAGUAGUACA